CCACAUUGCAGCAAGAUCCCCAAUUGCCAGCAUCUGGGCCUCCACACGCCUGCAGGCAGCCGUCAGCUGUGCCCCUGAAGCCCACAGACCCCACAGACCCCACAGACCCCACCUGAGAUGUCUUCUUUUGCUUGCUGGAGCCUGUCUCUAACCCUUCUUGUCUUGCUCUGCAGCCCAGGGUCUGGUGAGAAGGCCUUUGAGGUCUACGUAUGGUCCGAGAAGCAGAUAGUAGAAGCCACAGAGUCGUGGAAAGUCAACUGUAGCACCAGCUGUGCAGCCCCGGAAUCGGGUGGUCUGGAGACCUCCAUAAGUAAGAUGACAUUGGAAGAGCACCCUCAAGGGAGAUGGAAACUAUUCUUAGUCUCAAACAUCUCCAGUGACACGGUCUUCAUUUGCCAUUUCACCUGUUCGGGACAGCAGAAAUCGAAAAGUUACAACAUCAGGCUGUACCAGCCUCCAGCUGAGGUCAUACUGAAGCUACAGCCCCCCCGGGUGUUUGUGGGUGACUCCUUCACCAUUGAGUGCAAGGUGUCCCCUGUGAAACCCCUGGAGAGCCUCACCCUCUCCCUGCUCCGUGGCAGAGAGACCCUAAAGAACCAGACCUUUGGAGGAGCUGAAACUGCCCCCCAAGAGGCCAUAGCCACAUUCAACAGCACAGCUCUGAAAAAGGAUGGUCUCAACUUUUCCUGCCAGGCUGAGCUGGAUCUACGGCCCCAUGGUGGGUAUGUCAUCCGCAGCAUCUCAGAGUCCCAGAUUCUUGAAGUCUAUGAGCCGAUGCAGGACAACCAGAUGGUCAUCAUCAUCGUAGUGGUGUCAAUACUGCUAUUCUUAUUUGUGACAUCCGUCUUGCUAUGCUUUAUCCUCGGCCAGCACUGGCACAGGAGGCGGACAGGCACCUAUGGGGUGCUAGCUGCCUGGCGGAGGUUGCCCCGAGCCUUCCGGGCACGUCCUGUGUGAGCCAAUGUUGCCAGGCAGGCCCCUGGUGGUUACCGGAACUCAACAUGACGCCUUCAAGGUGUGGUUCAGCACUGGCUGAAGGACUGUGGCAGCAGCAGAAGAUUCUGGAGACAUUUCCUUUUUUUUUUUUUUUUUUUUUUUUAGCCUCAAUACAAACACCUGGAUUUCA